UAGUAUGGUUCACCGUGAGUAAAUCCCAAAUCCCCAAACCCAAAAGAGCGCCUCAUCUCGGCGCUCAACCCUAAAACCCUAAAAUCGCCAAAAGAUACGAACUCUGCCAAAACCCCGAAACAGAGAGAGCACACAGCAAUGGCGAGUCUUUUGUUGAAUCCACUGAAACUGGACUGAAUUUUUUAUUUUGAGACUUCGAUUUUUUGUUUCUUUUUUGGUGAUUUUUCUCCGCCAUAGCUAGCGAGGAACAAUGCGGCCUCCAAGAGGUGGCGGUGGGUUUCGUGGGAGAGAUGGCGGUGGGUUUCGGGGGAGAGAUGGCGGUCGUUUUGGAGGAAGAGGAGGCGGCCGUUUUGGUGGAAGAGGUGGUGGUGGUUUCAGGGAUGAAGGUCCCCCUGCUGAAGUUGUUGAGGUUUCGUCUUUUCUUCAUGCAUGCGAAGGAGAUGCAGUGACAAAGCUCACAAAUGAGAAAAUACCGUAUUUCAAUGCCCCAAUUUAUCUGCAAAACAAAACCCAAAUUGGAAAAGUCGAUGAGAUAUUUGGUCCCAUUAAUGAAGCUUAUUUUUCUAUUAAGAUGAGUGAGGGUAUUAUUGCUACAUCUUAUGCAUCGGGUGAUAAGUUUUACAUUGAUCCUGCGAAGCUGCUGCCUCUGCAACGAUUUCUUCCACAACCAAAGGGCCAGGCUGCAGGCAGAGGGGGCGGACGUGGGGGCAGAGGUGGUGGACGCAGUGGUGGACGUGGUGGUGGUUUCCGUGGGAGAGUCGGUCCAAGGGGUGGAGGCAGAGGUGGCCCUAGAGGCAGCGGUCGGGGUGGAGGGUUUAGGGGCAGGGGGAGAUUCUAAGAUUUUACAUUUAACUAAUCUCUCUAAUUUCUAUGCACCUGUGAUUGUAGAGAGGGAGAGAAGAGAAUCUGUUCUUUUCUCUCUAAAUGUGGUUUCUUUUUUUUAUCUUACGGCCAAGAGGCUGAACCCUAAUGAACUUUUGUUUACAAUGCGAGUUCAAGUUAUUUUGUUUCCUGC